CAAUAUGAAAACGGGUGACGAGGAAUACGAGAGUAAACGAUACUUGAACGGCGUGUAAUUAAUAAUAAAUUCUUUGUUCAAGAAUCAAUCAUCACAGAACUUAUAUGGUCUAUAACGCACUGGAAUAUCGAAGAUGUUGAUCUACGAUGUGUUGCACAAGGAGAAGGUGUAUCAUGCUGUCGCCAGCGAUCUUAGAAACCUCGGAGUUAAGUAUCGCUUCAAGAAGAGCAUGCUUAAGAGCGAAAGGCCCGAGGCGUGUAAGGAUAUCUCCAAAAAGGUUUUCAAGACCCCUUUGUUUUAUCAAGCCUUGGACAUUGUUAACUUGUCAUCAGGUGCUAUAGUCCACGUACCCGUGUUUGUCAUUCAAGCCUCUACGUUCCUGGAAGAGCAUGUCGCUCAAGAGGGUCUGUUCAGAAAGGCUGGCUCUCAGGCGCGACAGAGGGAAUUGAUAUCCCGGCUGAAUAACAGCGGUGGUUUAGGUGACAAAAAUAACGCGAUCGAUAUUGCCAAUUGCCUAAAAUCUUUCUUUCGAGACUUGCCAGAGCCACUAAUCCCGUAUGCAUAUCAUGAUUUGUUCGUGCAUUGCGCGUUGCUGAAGAGCCAUCGUGUACAGGCAUUAUUGUUGGCAUGUACGUUGCUACCACCGUAUCACUUAAAUACCUUAGCAUUCUUCAUGGAAUUCUUAAAAAAGGUUUCCAUGUACGAGAAACAGAACAAGAUGAGUAUUGACAACUUGGCGAAAGUCAUUGGACCAAAUAUCAUGCCAUUGCAAGAGACAUCCAUGUCGGCCGUACAAAAUAGAUUGCAAAUGCAUUUAACUAUUGUCAAGAUUCUGAUUGAAAAUGCAGAAGAUAUUGGUAUCCUACCACCUCAUAUUGCUCAGAGUAUUUCUACUGAAACAAGUGGUAGCACAGACAAUGGACUGGAUUCAUUUGAGUUACAUAGAAAGCAUAAAAAGAAGAAGCAUCGUAGUGGAAGUCUUACACGAAUGUUUAAUGGCUUAAAGAAGAUGGUUGGAAAGGGCGCAGAUGAUACACCUAAUAUUAAUCAACCUCAGUCUCUCGUACAUCCAACGCAAUUAAAUGUAGCUCCUAACAAAUUUACCAAGAAACGAAAAGUAAUUGAGAGAGAAUAUCCUCCGAGUAUAAAGAAAAAGAGAACGGCCGAAAAAUUAGACAAAUCAAAAAAAUUAAGAUUAAGUUUAGACAAAUUUGUACCUAAGAAUAAACAAAAGAACGUUGAUGAUAACUUAUCAGAUUCAUAUAUGGGCAAUUACAAAACAUGUAAUGAAAGACGUUGGAGUUCAGUAAGCAACUCUUUUGAUACACAUAAGAUAUGUGAGUACGACAACAGAAUAUCAGAUACGAGAUCAAAGAAAUAUGAUGAACCCUCAAAUAAUGAUUUUCGUCAAGAAUGUAACGAUGUAUUCAUUAAUGCCACUGUGGAUUUAUCAGACGAUGGUGGCGAGCAGGACUUGCUUAUAAAGAAAAGUCGUAAAAAUGGUGAGCAAUGGCAUAUGAAUGUAAGCACAAGUUCAAGAAAAUUGGAUGCUACAGAUGAAAGUGAUAAUAUAUGCUUGUUGACACCUGAGGAAAAGACUGAUUCAGAAGAAUUCACAUUUUUUCCUAGUGGUGACAUAAUAUCUUCAUCAAGUGAUCACUGUGAAGAAGAUUAUGUCAGAAUUCGUAAAAGUGAAUAUGAAGAUAUAAAGAAUCGAGUUUCUGCGAUUGAAUCACGUAUUUCUCAAGAGUUUGGAUGUAUAUAUAACGAGAAAGAUGAUAUCACUACACAUUCGCUAAAUAACAUACAGACAGCGUAUGAAAAAACAUUAGAAGAGGCUAGUAUCGAGAAUACUCUAACAAGCGACUAUCUAGCAAAAAGACUGAGUAAAGAACUAAAAAUUAGAAGAUCGGGAGAACAUAAAAUAAUAAGAUCGCCUAGCGCAAGAAAAAUUGGAUCAUUAAGAAGACGGUCACAAGAAAAGGCUGCAAGCAAACGUAUUAGAAGAACUGCAUCAUGGCAUAUAUCUCCAGAAUUCAACUUACAAAAUCACAUGCAACUCGAAAGACAAGCAAAUGUUUGUCCCAUCGAAAAACAAUCGAUUUAUUCUAAUAAAUACUUGAAGGAGCACUCUCAUUCUGCCGAAAAAUGUAAUGAAAAUAUUUCUAAUAAUAUGAGAGACGAAAUAGCCUGUUUACACAAUCAAAUUAACACAUUGAUUUCUCGUUCAAGCGAACGCAAAAUUUCAAAUAAUAGUGACUUGGAUCUUUCUGGAUUUAAAGAUCUGCAUUUGAAUAACAAUCAUACGACCACAUCUGUGCGUAGAGCGUCAUCUUUUCAUGGAAAAGAUUUUGUAGAUAACUCAUCCUAUUUCGAUAAAAAGAUCGAUGAAUUAAAAAAGGCGAAUAGUCAUCAGAAUAUAGCCUUAAACAAUGAUUGUUUACAAAGUGAUAAGACUGUUUUCGAGAGCUCGAAUAAAAUAUCUUGGAAAGAUGCAGAUAAAUAUUUUAAAUCAGUGUCCCGAAGAAAUACACCUGCUCCACAGACUGGCAGAGCAUCCGUCGCUAAACUUCGAACGCAAAAUGCUGGUAUGGUGCUGGCCAAAGCGAGAUUAUUUGAUGAGGGCACAACGAGGAUAUCCGAAUUUAAAUCGAGUAAUGUAUCAAACAGAAAACAUUGUCUCGACAAUGUAAAUAAACAUUCUCCCAAUAUAGCUAAGGAAAUGAAUGCUGAAUGUUUCAAGCAAACGUGCAACAGGACACAAGUCUCUCGAAAAAAAUCCAAUAAGGAUUCGAAAAAUAAAAGUCGUCACGCAGCGUCAUCUCCAAAUGCGUCGCCAUACAUUAAAACGCAAAUAAUAGAUGCGUCAUUAAAAUCGUUUCAAAAUGGAUUGAACGAACAUUAUGUGCGAAAAUUUGAACUGCAAGAUCAGAAAUGUUUGAAUAAGGAACCAAUUAUACAUCAAACUUUCACCAAAGAUAAAGGGAUCAAUAUCGCGCACGACGCAAGAAUUCAGAAAGAAAACAUCGCUGCAAAAGGAUUGCCAUUGACGAAGAUGCCUGUCAGUACAACGCUAGAAAAUCCAAAUAUGUCUCCUUACAAAUCAGAUGUUAGCAAAACCCCGCAUAUUAAGCGACCUUUAACAAUAAAAACGCCGAAAAGUUCCAAAUUAGUGCGUAGACCUCCAGUUGACACACGUAGAACACCAUUGAAAGCAACGGCACACCUAGGAACCCCAAAACGUCAAAGUCCUAAAAGUAUCUUGAAAUCACGAGCUCUCAGUAUGUAUACGUAACAGAAAG